AUGGAAGGUGACCAACCAUUCAAAAUUCAAAAUGAUUAUCAUAAACGAGCUACUGGUUUUCUCCAUCAAGCCCUCGAAUUCGAUGAGCAAUCGAAUAAUAAUGAAAUGGCUAUUUUAUUAUACAAACAAGGCAUUCGAGAAUUAGAAAAAGCAGUCAAUUUAAAAAUUGAUCCUCAAGAUAAUCGUGCAAUGGAACUACGUGGUAAAAUGCGCAAAAAUUUAGACAUGAGUCGUGAACGACUCCAUGUUUUACAGGGUUUAAUCCGUGCAGAUAAUCCAGUACAAGUAAAAGUUCAUGCCAUUCCAACAAAAGCUCAACAGUCAACAACUCCUCGUCAGAUUGCUCCACAGGCUCCCACCGGAAGGGAAAGGCAACCAUCAAAACCAGAACAUAAUGAAGCAACUGCUCAAACCAAAUCAGCUUUACUCAGAUUACCUAAUGUUGACAAACAACUCAUUUCAUACAUUCUUGAUGAAGUAAUCGAAACUAAGCCCAAUGUUAAAUUCACUGAUAUUGAUGGUCAAGAAGGAGCCAAACGAGCACUUGAAGAGGCCGUUAUUUUACCUGUUCUACGACCCGAAAUGUUUACUGGCCUACGGGCUCCCGUACGAGGUAUUCUAUUGUUCGGACCACCUGGCAACGGUAAAACAAUGCUGGCUAAGGCUGUAGCUUCAGAGGCUAAAGCUCGCUUUUUUAAUAUAAGUGCAUCAAGUCUAACAUCGAAAUACGUUGGUGAAGGUGAAAAGCUUGUUCGAGCUUUAUUUGCUGCUGCUCGCGAAUUACAACCAUCAAUAAUAUUUAUUGAUGAAGUUGAUUCAUUACUGAGUCAACGUAAAGAAUCUGAACAUGAUGCCAUGCGUCGACUAAAAACUGAAUUUCUCAUUCAAUUCGACGGAGUUCAAACCAACAGUGAUGAUCGGAUUCUUGUUCUUGCUGCAACAAAUCGACCAUUUGAAUUAGACGAUGCAGCAUUAAGACGUUUUCCUCGUCGUAUUUAUAUUAAAUUGCCAGACUCAAGAACACGUAGACACCUUUUACAACAUUUACUUAGUAAACAAGAACAUAGGUUAACACGUGAAGAUUUCGAUUGGAUUGCCCAUGAAACACAUAAUUACUCGGGUAGUGAUUUAACUGCAUUAGCAAAAGAUGCUGCCAUGGGUCCAGUACGUGAACUACGUAUGGAUGAAUUAAAACAACUAUCUGUUAGUCGUAUUCGACCAAUAUCCCGACAGGAUUUCGUUCAAGCCUUACGGAAAAUUCGAGCAAGUGUAUCAUCAUCAUCACUGCAAGAAUAUAUCGAUUGGAGCCGUAGAUUUGGUGAUUGUAGUUCAUAA